CUCCUUCUCUUUGUUCCAGAAGCCAUUUUGGAGAGAUUGUGUCUCAGUCACAAUCUGAAAUCCACUUCCAUCCUGUUCGAAUAGCUACAUAUUCGAACAAACGACCAUGUUUCGGCUACUGGAUAAGUUUCUCUUCCUGACUCUCCUGUUUUUACCCUCAACACUUCUACUCUGCGGAAAUGUAGUCUUUGCACAAGAAGAUGAAACUGAGGAUGAACCCGAAGCUGCUCAAGCAACUGCUGACGAUACUGAAACACCGUCCGAGGAAGAAGAUUCCAAGGGUGAAGAGGAAGAAACACCAAGUAAAGAUACAUCAGAAGACACUACACAAAAAGAUGCAGUGAAAGGAGAUGGAGAUGAAGAAGAGAAGGAAGAUCAGCUAAAGUCAUCACCAGAUGCUGACUCAGUCAUUCUUUUUAAGAAAAAGGACCAGCAGUUCACCGCUGGUAUCAUCACAAAGUGUUUGGUCAGCUUUAGCAAUAUUGGAAGAAAUGAAUUCACCAUUGAGAUGAUGGAGGCUUCACUAAGGUAUCCUCAAGAUUACAGCUAUUAUAUUCAAAACUUCACAGCAUUCCAAUACAACACAGUAGUAAAGCCUGGUGAACAAGGAAACUUUGAGUAUGCAUUCCAGCCUCAUGAAUCAUUUGGUGGACGACCAUUUGGACUUUCCAUUAAUUUACUGUACAAAGAUUCUGAUGGAAAGCCAUUCCGUGAUGCAGUUUUCAAUGAAACAAUCCAACUUGGCGAGAAUGAUGAUGGAAUGGAUGGUGAAACGUUUUUCCUCUAUAUCUUUGUUGUUGCUGUUGGAAUUCUAUUGGUCAUGGGUGCAUAUUAUGGUCUAACAUCAAUCAAGAGUGUAAAGUCAACAUUCAAACAGCCCACUGUAGAAAGAGGAACUGUACAAGAUGAAGAUAUUGACUAUGAAUGGUUACCUAAAGAAACUACUACAGAAUUUGUGAAACACUCUCCAAGACGUUCACCGAGAAAUAGAAGACAGAAGCGCAACACAGGAUCAGAUGAAUAAAUGUUGUGAUUUUCUUGUAGUCAAUCUUUUAUUAUUACUAGUGAAACCUUGUGUGCAUUCCCUACACAAAUGUCUAACAUACCACUACAGACGACAAAUUAUUGCCUGCCGAGCAGACUUGAUCAUCAGUUUGUGGUGACUGAAAUGACUGCAUCAGCAGUGGUGAUGUGAAAUGGGUGUUUCUGGCUGAUAUUUGAUAACAAAACCAUCGCACAAUGUCAAAUAUUUUCCAAAGAUUACCAUUGUAUUAAAAUAACUUAUACAAUAUGAUGUUUGUAGAAUUUUUAAAAGUAAUUUUAAAGAACAUUAUAAGAAAAUUGAGAAAAGAAUUAUGGAGGAAUAAACAUUCUGGUGGCCUUCACCAGAUAUGAUUUCAUCGUGAA